AUGUCUAGUGCCGUCUCAAACGAAUCUGCAACUCUGCGGCCCCGUGCCGUCCCCAUCCAACCCGACGGGAAGUCGGAUGUGCCUCUUCCCCUUCCGGUGGACAAGCUCACUCAGGAUACAAGUGGCCGCUCUACCCCUGUCGCCGAAGAUGCACCUCCAUCAGCGCAUUCGAUCUCAUCCGCGAGGAAGCAAGUCCGCGCCCGCAACCGCUUGUUCUACACAAUAGACUAUAUCCCUCGUGUGUCACAUUUUGACCCAGAUAGUAACUAUCACAACUUUCGGGGGUUCUUUACCCUUUUCUGGAUUGGCCUGGCCAUCAUGGUCGGCACCAGCAUGCUGCGGAAUCUCAAGGAGACAGGGUUCCCCCUGCGAGUGCGCGUCUGGAGCCUCCUGACGGCUAAUGUGUGGAUGAUGGGCUUGAGUGAUGCUGCCAUGGUGAUGAGCUCAGCACUUGUGCUGCCCAUGCACCGCCUAUGGCGAAGUGGUCCACGGUGGCUGCAGUGGACGCGAGGUGGCAUCAUUGUACAGAGUCUAGCCGAAGCAUUUUGGUUGGUACUUUGGAUCAACUGGCCUUUCAUGAUGCAGUGGACGUGGACUGCACAGGUGUUCUUCACACUGCACACCCUGACCAUUCUUAUGAAGUUACAUUCAUAUGCCUUUUACAACGGUCACUUGAGUGAGACCGAACGACGACUUGCUUCACUGGAUAAGCCGGGUGAGAAAUCUUCCGACGCCGCCGCUGCUGCAGCAGUGCAUUACCCGGAGAUUCAUCGACGCCGGCCAUCCAUGAAGCAGCAUGACGACAGCAAAACCUCGGCUCCGUUGGACAGACUGCGGGAAGAUCUUGCCACAGAAUUGACCUCUCCGCUGGGCAAUAUUUCAUACCCGCAAAACCUCCACGUUGCAAACUAUGUCGACUUCCUCUUCUGCCCGACGCUCUGCUACGAGCUGGAGUAUCCACGCCGAGAAGAGCGACGCUGGUCGGAGAUCGGCUGGAAAACUAUGGCCGUGUUUGGCUGUAUUUUCCUACUCACAUUGGUCAGCGAGGAGUACAUCCUUCCCGUUCUGGUUGAGGCUAGUGCUCAGCUUCAUCAGUUCCACAGUGUCACUGAAAAGGCUCUUGUUCUUGCGGAGACCAUCAGCAUGCUUCUAUUCCCAUUCAUGAUCACUUUCCUGCUUGUCUUCCUUGUCAUCUUUGAAUACGUGCUGGGUGCAUUCGCAGAACUAACUCGGUUCGCCGAUCGCCAUUUCUACGCAGAUUGGUGGAAUUCGUGUGACUGGAUGGAAUUUUCUCGCGAGUGGAAUGUCCCAGUCCACCACUUCCUCUUCCGCCACGUGUACUGGCCCUCGCGCUGUAAUUUUUCCCAGCCAGUGGCCAUGGUGAUCACCUUUUUGGUCAGCUCGAUUUUCCAUGAACUGGUGAUGAGCUGCAUCACCAAGAAGUUGCGGGGAUACGGGUUCUUGGCCAUGAUGCUUCAGCUUCCCAUUGUUGCGAUUCAGAAAUCACGCUACUUCCGUGGACGAACCAUUCUCAACAAUGCAUUCUUCUGGUUCUCAAUGAUUUUGGGUCUCUCGAUGAUGUGUGCAUUGUACGUCCUGGUCUAG